CUUGAACCUGAACUGGAAGCGUUCAAAGAUGCAUGCACUCGUUCAACGUCUCAGCUUCUGACAAGUUUUCAAAAUAAGGUACUUUCCCUAUUGUGAACCACGGCUCAUGUUGGGGAGACUUCCCAACAAGGAAGCAGUUGAUUCCAUCACCCACUGCUCCAUGACUUGAACUGCGACCACAACAGACAUGCCGAUUGUCCAAUUCGCCCCUUUCGCCUCUCUCGUCCAGCCCGCGUUCUGGCACGAGCUUACAUCCCUCAAGAUCGACGUGCUACGCCUAUCGGAUGAAGCGCUCCCCAUCACUGGCUCGUACUCUGUUGGCAGGUCUGUCACGGAUCGCGAAACAGGGAACGAGAUCGCACUGGGUUGCAAUCUGAGUGUAGGGGCCGAAUCCUUUCACAAGAACUCGCAACCAGCAUCCGGCGCGUAUCUGGUCAAAGGACACUUCAAGAAUUUCAACACGAUCGAAGAUUUCAAGUCUGCGGACAAAACGGCGUUGUUCAAUCAGGAGGCGGAGAAGAUGUGGGAGAAGAUCCUCACAAGCCGCGACACAUCCGAACUCAAUAACUUCCUUCUGAUUACUUAUGCGGAUCUGAAAAAGUACAAGUAUUACUACUGGUUCGCGUUUCCCGCGUUUGUCGCGAAACCAGCUUGGGAGAUAGAAGAACCUGGAUGGAAACCGGCGAGCGAAGCGUUGGCGCAGGAUUCACUGUCAUCGAUUCAUGCGCAACUCCGAGCGUCUCCUCUCUCCUUCUUUCUUGUUCGUUCAGGCGCCGAGAUAGCCCCCGUCGAAUCUUACGCGUCCUUUUUUGCCAAUGUUCCCCCCGAGGAACAGAUAAUUGGUUUUGUCGAUCCAUCUGCGAACCCUAACAACCCGGGAUGGCCGCUCCGAAAUCUUCUUGCAUACUUGCGGGCAUUGUACCCUGCUACAACAAACAUAGUGAAGGUCCUGUGUUGGCGCGAUGCCGAAGUCCCGACUGCUUCUGCCUCCUGGAAAUCCCGCAUCGGCGUUGUCCAUGCUGAAACUGGGACUAGCGAGACCUCUCGGCCCAGCGCAGUCGGCUGGGAGAAGAAUCCUCAGGGAAAGCUUGCUCCUCGCAUGGCUGAUCUGGCGCCUAUGAUGGAUCCUGUGCGCCUGGCCGACCAAGCUGUAGACCUGAACCUAAAGCUUAUGCGAUGGCGCAUUCUUCCGAGUCUAGAUUUGGAGAAGAUCUCGUCGACUAAGUGUCUGCUGCUGGGUGCCGGAACACUGGGAUGUUAUGUUGCCAGGACGUUGAUGGGCUGGGGAGUACGAAACAUCACACUGGUUGACUCCGGGAAGGUUUCCUUCUCAAAUCCGGUCAGGCAACCGUUAUUCGAAUUCGAAGAUUGUGUGAAUGGAGGAAAGCCUAAAGCAGAGUGUGCUGCUGAUCGCCUGAAGAAGAUUUUCCCCGGCAUCGUGAGCGUGCUGUUUAUGGGUUUCAUGAACUGCAUUAACACAGCGCGACAGAAUGCCGCCGGACAUACACUCUCUAUACCCAUGCCUGGUCAUCCAGUUCCUCCCGUCUCUGUUGCGCAAGCCAAGGAAGAUGUUCGCAGACUUGAGGAACUAAUUGAUUCUCACGAUGCAGUCUUCUUGCUGAUGGAUUCUCGAGAGAGUCGGUGGCUUCCGACUGUGAUAUCUUCUGCCAAGGGAAAGAUCGUUCUCAAUGCCGCACUUGGUUUCGAUUCGUUCCUUGUUAUGCGUCACGGUGUGCGACACUCGUCGUUACGUCCUGGUGCCACCCAGCUUGGAUGCUAUUACUGUAACGAUAUCGUUGCUCCGGCCGAUUCACUGACAGACCGGACCCUGGACGAAAUGUGCACAGUCACUCGGCCAGGGCUUGCCCCGAUUGCUGCUUCGACUGCUGUCGAGCUGUUGGCAUCUGUUCUACAGCAUCCAGAUGCGAACCACGCUGGAGCCCCCCCUCCCAACUCAGAUCCCUCUGCGCUUGUUGGUGGGGGCGUUUUGGGGCUUGUUCCUCAUCAACUUCGUGGUUUCUUAGCGCAGUUUCGCAACUUGCACAUCGUUGGAGCAGCAUAUGAUAAGUGCACUGGAUGCAGCGAAACGGUUCUGAAAGCGUAUGAGUCUCAGGGUUUCGAUAUGAUCCUAAAUGCUUUGAACGAUGACAAAUAUCUGCAAAAGCUUACAGGCUUGGAUCAGCUGUAUGCUGAGGGAGAAAAGGCCUUAGAAGAUGUAGAUUGGGAUGUCGAUGACGGAGGAGAUGAUGAUUUUUGAGGGUCGGUCGUUGUGAUAGAGGUAUAAAUUUUCGAAUGUAAUGCUAGGAUGUAUGAUAUGCCUGCCAACGACUAUCGGUGCAGGGAUUACCCAUAGGAUUAUAAUUCGGGAGAUCCUGGUGAAACAAUAUUUAGACACUAGAAAGCUGCUGCCGCAUCUGGGUUAUCUAAAAAGAGUUC